AUGGACAUCACAAGAACGAGCAAUGUUUUAGUAGUUUCUCGAUUUUUAUGGAAAUUUAUCAAUACAAGAGACUGGGUUCAGGGUCGAAAUGAGAUUGCCAAAUCGUGUAAUCCAUAUGGCACUAUCGCACACAUAUACGAUUUAACCAACCGUGCAUAUAAGUUUAGAGAAAAAAAAAAUAAUUCGAAUUGUGUCUGUUUAUCCAUAAGGGAAAGAAAUGAAGACUUUGACAAAAGUUCACACAAGAAUCAUGAUAUUGUAUUAGAUCCCUAUUUGGUAAGAAAAAAUAAGAACAAAUUUGUUCAUUUUCAAAAAAAAGCGAUAAAACAGAAGAAAGAGUUGAUGUUAGAAAAUGUUAACAAAAGAACCUUGUCCAAAUUGAGUUUACAAAUAGAAGAGCUUGAUUAUAGACAAUUAGUGAAAUAUAAAAAUGUAAAAAAUGUGAUUGUUCUGAAGGAUAAAAAAGAAGUAUUACAAUACUUAAAUAGCUAUUUAUUAAAUAAUAAUAAAGCAAAAUACUAUAUUUUAAAAGUGCUCAUGUUUUCCAUUACUGCCAGAAUGAGUACCUAUCAAGUGAAGGAAUUGAUAUAUAUUUUAUAUGUCUAUAAAAAGCAUAAUUUUUUAAAUCCAUAUAUAAUAUUUCACAUUAUGAACAAAUUAAGUAUGGAAGUUGUAUCGAAAAGUAUGACAGUAAAUGAAUUUGUUUUUAUGGUGGACAUUUUGACAGUACCUCUUAUCAUGUCAAAUAAGUUUGAAAAAAUGAUUCAAGGGUUCAUAUGUAUAAAUGUAAACAAAUUUAAAUUUAGCAACUAUUUUGUAAUUGGAUAUUUUUUAGCGAGAAAUAAUUUAUACAAUGAGACAGUUCUAAAUUAUAUUGCACAUUUUUAUAAAAAUUGUGGAAUUUAUUUGGAUAAGUGGGACGAGAAACGGGAAAUAAUAAAAGAAAACGAGAAUACGCAACAGUGUGAAAACAAGUCACUUAUUGUAGAUGACAAAAAAGAUAGAGUAACAGCUGAUGAUACUUCGCUCCAAAAUAUGAAUUUAAUCCAUUUUACAAAAGAUAUUCAUAAACAUUUGUUCAUUUUAGCAAAAUAUGGAUACACAGAUGUUUAUAUGUACAGUAAUAUUUUCAAAAUUAUAAUUUCUCGAUGUGGAUAUUUACGACCUUUGGAAAUCAGCUCCAUUUUGAAAUCACUUCAAAAUCUGAAUUACUAUAACAGUUGUUUAUUUAAAAUGUUAGUGAAAAAUUUAAAAAAAAAUUUAAGUCAAUAUAAAACGAAUUUAUUGCUAGAUUGCUUAAACAGCUUGUCCUAUUUUAACCAUAUUGAUGAUGAGCUAAUAACAAAAAUUUUAGUUAGACUACCGAGAACUAUAUCAACAUAUACUUCAAACGAUUUUGUUAAAUUGGUAUUUUUCAUGAAUAAUUUUAUUCCGUUCUCUAUUUAUUUUUCCCUUUUUAUAAAUCAGCAAAUUUUAUACUUUUCCUCAAGUUUUAAUAUGCUUCAUUUGAUAUCACUUUUGAAAAUUUUCACAAACCAGAGAUUUAUAAGUAAUCCAAUUUUCUACUUAUUAAACAUCAAAUUGGAGAAAUUUAUUUCUACACAUUCAUGGAUGAAGAAUCCCCUAAAUGGUGUAAAUAAUGAAAAAUACAUGCAGAGAAAAACAGCCAUCAACGCAAAGUAUAACAUAACUUUUAAAAAUCUGUUUGAAAUUAUUCACAUAAUGAAUUUCAUGUCAGUGAAAUAUACCAAUUUGAUUCAAAAUUGCUUAGAGAGCAUGUUUAUUAUUCAAAAUGAGUAUGAACAAUUACAUUUUCAAGAAAUAAAAUAUAUGACAUAUUCGUGCUGUUAUUUCAUACUACUUAACGAUUUUUAUGACGUUGUCUCAAGCAACCCGUUGUAUCAGCGUAUACAGAAUUUUUUUUACCUUCUUGACCCAUCAUUGGUGGACGUAAGUCAAGAUGGAGGAAUCGAAUGUAGCGCUAAGGUGGAGAAUUCUAAGAAGGUUGAUAAUGCUGGCAAUACUGAGAAGGUUGAAAAUGCUGGCAAUACUGAGAAGGUUGAAAAUGCUGACAAUACUGAGAAGGUUGAAAAUGCUGGCAAUACCGAGAAGGUUGAAAAUGCUGGCAAUACCGAGAAGGUUGAAAAUGCUGGCAAUACCGAGAAGAAUGAAAAUGCUGACAAUACUGAGAUGGAUGGCAAUACUGAGAUGGCUGACAAUACUGAGAUGGAUGGCAAUACUGAGAUGGCUGACAAUACUGAGACGGAUGAAAAUAUAGUGGAAUAUGACCAUCUUAAGGAGAAUAGCAAUUUUUCACCGCAUAUUCAAGGAUGCAUCCAUGGGGAAAUAUUAAAAAACAUCACGUAUAAUGAAUUUUAUGAGGAAAAUAAAAUUAUGAACAAAAUAAGAGAUAAAAAAAUGGAGAUAAAUAUAUACUCAAUGAUAAUACGAACUUUCCUUGAAGAGCUAAUAUAUAAUCAUUCAAAAAACAAAAUGAUAAAUGUAUACAAUUUCCGUGGAGAAUAUAUGAAAUACAUUUUUUCUAAAAAAAUCGAUAGUGCAAAAGAGUAUAACAAUAACGACUGUGUGCUUGCACUGAAAAAAUUAUUUCCCAUAAUGUUUUAUCCACAUAUAGAUAAAUCACUUUUAAAAAAUGUUCCAGUAAAUAGAUAUUUUAUUUCCACAUAUUUAGUUGGGUUUCCUCUUGAAGAGGAGUUCAAUCAAUUUAUACAAAGUGAACAUGUUAAACGAGAAAUGUCUUAUCACCAAAAAUCGCUAAACGAUAUGUAUGAAGUGUUGAAAAGUCUACCACAGUUAUGUUACAAAUUUAGAAUAGUUAAGGAAGGUAAAACAAAUUCAACUUUUCUUUACACUCAUUAUAUAUUUGCAAAAAAUGUUGUAAGUAAAAAGAAAGUUGCUAUCUUAUUUGGAACGAAAAAUUACUUCUACACUAAGAUAAACAAAUUGCAAAUUGGUCUUAAUUCAAGAUCUACAUCCAAUUUGUUUGACAAAGAAUACAUGACCAAGGGCGCCAUAGCACAGUUGCAGUAUUUUAAAAUGUUUUUUAACAGUGUAUAUUUAGUGCCUGUUCAUGUAUGGGAAAAUAUGGACCUAGAGAAGAAAAAGCUUUUUUUUGUUAAUAUGCUUAAUUUGUCUAGUGAAAAAGUUCCUGAUUUCGAAUGGGGAUACAUCUCCCUCUAA